AUGAUGUUCCUCGGAGCUUUUGUUUCCCUGUGUGCUGUUGCAUCUGCAUUCCCCUUUGCUGCCCCAUCCAGCGGUCUUGAGCUGAGCGGAAACAAACUCAAGAGCCUUGUGGAUGUUCUGAGGGCAAACGGCGGCAACAUCAACUUUGAUGUAGACCAAAGCGACCAAAACAUCAGCUGCGUUGUCUCCUACACGCUAACUUUGGGCGGCACUGCUCCCCCAUACACCAUUGACUUGGCUACCUUCGACCUGUCCAACUGCACCUACACUGGUCCCUAG